AUGCUCUUGAUGAUAGUUGGGACAGGAAUUUCCUGUAUCCCCCCCCUGUUUUUUCUUUGGCUUCGGGGCCAUACCUGGUGGUACUUGGAGGGGGUUGGCUACUCAUGGCUCUGCUUAGACCCUAUGCCAAGGAUUGAAUCCCAUUCUGCCACCACACAGCAUGAGAGCCUUUAUCCCUGUCCACUCCCAAGGCCACCAAACUGCAGAGUCUCAGGAAACUGUCCCAGUCCCUGCCUUGAUUCACAGACUGACAGACUUCCACCUCCUGGAAUCAUACCAGAAUAUUCAGGGGAUUCCCUAAUGCUGGCAUGAUGAAGGCCCCGCGGGAGGGGAGGAAGAGAGCCGGAGAGGUCCAUCCAGCUCCGGAAACCUCGCCUUUGUGCGCCCGCACCCCCGCCCUGGUGCGAAUUGGAAGCGCCUGUUGCCCCAGCUGCAACCCUUUCUGCCCCCCACUUCCUCUCGCAAACAGAGGCUGCUGGGCCAAGGCCCAGCCCUGAGGCUUGAGCCCAAAUCCCGAGCUGGUGAGCAGCUUUUUAGUGAAAAUUAAAACUUUUUACAAAGACUCGCGAUGGCCGUGGUUCUUCAAGGGGUCUGAAGUCUCCUGUGGGGAGGUGUGGGGGGGCUGGAGUGAAAGGCAGUCAGGUAUAGCAGGGUUCCUGGGUCCUCUAGGGGGCCUCCGAGCCUCCCCGGGGUGGGGCAGACGAGGCGGGGUGAGGGCCUCCUUAUCUCUCGAGCCAGCCUGGGCCAUCCGGUUCAGGGCCCCCUCAGUUCCGCCUGCCAGUCAUGGGGUCUCUGCUGCCCCUCUUGCUGCUGGCUUUACCUGCCGCCUCCUACCCGGGAGGAAGGAACCCGCAAAGGCACUGGACGGUGCGGGCACCAGCCCCCACCGGCGAUCCACCUCCGGCGCGCCCGGGGACCUCUGCGCCUUUCUGGGUGCGCCUGAGCCCCGAAUACACCGCCGUGCCGCCGGGGGGUUCCGUUUGGCUCAACUGCAGCAGCAGCUGCCCCCUGCCGGAAGACUGGGGCCUCCGCAGCCUGCUGAGGCGCGGGGACACGCUGCAAGGGCCCGGCUGGGUGUCCUACCAGUUGCUGGACGUGAGGGCCUGGAGCUCCGUGGCGCACUGUUUCGUCACCUGCGCGGGACAGACGCGGGGGGCCACGGCCAGGAUAACCGCCUACAAAAGGCCGCGCAGCGUGAUCCUGGAACCUCCGGUCUUGGAGGGCGGCGAGUAUACGCUGCGCUGCCACGUCACACACGUGUUCCCCGUGGGCUUCCUGGCGGUGACGCUGCGGCGCGGAGGCCGCCUGCUCUACUCCGAGAGCCUGGAGCGCUUCACCGGGCUGGAACUGGCCAACGUGACGCUGACCUACGUGCUGCGCACCCGGCCCCUGGACUUGGGGCUGCCCGUGACCUGCCACGCGCGCCUCGAUCUCGAUGGCCUGGUCAUCCGCAGCAGCUCGGCGCCCGUGACGCUCACAGCCCUCGCUUGGCACCCCGCAUCCCAAGCUUUAGCGUCCCUCUCCAUCGCUGUCCUUGCGGGGAUCCUUCUGCUCGUGGGGGUCGCCUACCUGCGAAAGUGUCUGCUGAUACAGCCCCGGGCAUAGAGGACGAGUUGGUCCAGGCCAGCUGAGCAAAAUGGAAAAAUGGCAACUUGGGGGUGCCCUUGGUCACCAGAUCAAUAAAACCUUCCACAGCCAGCAUCGAACUCGGGGCUUCAAGGUCCCCCAUGGAUAUGCCUCCCGCGAGGAAGGGGUCUCCCUUCUGACUCCCCGCUUUAACUUCCGGUAUCCCUGAUGGCACCUAAGGGUUUCUUACCCUGGGUCACCUGGGGUUCGGGAGCCCCGGUUCCUCUAUUCCCAGCCGGGGGCAGUAGGAGACAUCUUUCCCGGGGGUGGUGGGGCGAUGUUAUCAGUGCGGCGCAGACCAGAGAAACGUCGUCCCUGGGAGGGUUUGAGGCUUGGGCGGGGGCGUGUCCAAAACCCAUGGCUUUUCCUGAUUGGCUCUGCCGCCACCUCGUAGGAGCUCUGAUUGGAUGCUAAGUUUUCUUUCCCAUUUUUCCCCCACCCACCCACCCACCCACCAUCCCUUCAGACGCGGUGUUUUCCUGCAGGAGGGGCUGAGGGCGACGGGAAUGGAUCGCUCCCAGUUCCUUAGUGCUGGGAGAGAGAGCGCAAGGAUAGGGCUACCUGGAAAUACUGCGGGACUUGCUUGUUGCCGGGAAGGUGCACAAGUGUGGGGGGGGGUGGAGGAAGGCGGGGGACCCGAUAAAGACUCGCGACUUGGCA